CUCGGAGUAGUAGCGUUCAACAUGUCUGGAAGAGGAAAGGGAGGCAAGGGACUCGGCAAGGGAGGUGCCAAGCGUCACCGCAAGGUCUUGCGUGACAACAUCCAGGGAAUCACCAAGCCGGCCAUCCGCCGUCUUGCUCGCCGUGGUGGUGUCAAGCGUAUCUCUGGUCUGAUCUACGAGGAGACCCGUGGUGUUCUCAAGGUUUUCUUGGAGAAUGUCAUCCGUGACGCAGUGACCUAUUGCGAACACGCCAAGAGAAAGACCGUCACCGCCAUGGACGUGGUCUACGCCUUGAAACGCCAAGGCCGCACUCUCUACGGAUUCGACCAACGGCCAACAGUGACCGUACAUGUUUGUGUGCAGUAUAUCGCGUGGGCGGGCCCGGCCAGCGAUGAACCUCAGGUUGCGGCAGGUCAUUUUAUGGAAACAAGCUCGCCACAAGAGUUCUUGCGGUCAAAGAUGGCACGUACCAAGCAAACCGCUCGCAAAUCUACUGGUGGAAAGGCACCACGCAAGCAGCUGGCCACCAAGGCAGCCCGCAAGAGCGCCCCAGCCACUGGCGGUGUCAAGAAGCCUCAUCGUUACAGGCCCGGAACCGUGGCUCUCCGUGAGAUCCGUCGCUACCAGAAGAGCACCGAGCUGCUGAUCCGCAAGCUUCCCUUCCAGCGUCUGGUCCGUGAGAUCGCCCAGGAUUUCAAGACUGAGCUGCGCUUCCAGAGCUCUGCCGUCAUGGCCCUGCAAGAGGCCAGCGAAGCCUACCUGGUUGGCCUGUUCGAGGACACCAACCUGUGCGCCAUCCACGCAAAGCGUGUGACCAUCAUGCCGAAGGACAUCCAGCUUGCCCGUCGCAUCCGUGGAGAGCGAGCUUAAAUCGGGACUUAUCCCCUCCAACAACCGGCUCUUUUCAGAGCCACAAAUCUUGAAAGAGCAGAUUCUAUCAGUCUUUAAUUUUAUCAGUGAUUAUAGGGACGUACAUGUACGACUUUUCCUCGCGUAAAUGGCAAAAGUCCAUCUUUAACAUGCGUCUAACAUAGUCCCUGACUUUCUACCAACUCCAGCUGAAAUUGCGCCCAAAAUAAACGAAUUACAUGGAUAUAAUACAUGUAUACAAUAACAGGCCUACCAAGGUGUUUCCAAAAGCGGUAUCCCGUACUGUAGCGCUAGCAGCCGAUGAUUUGCAGGGGUGCGAGAAUUCGGCUUUUUAACUGAUUUUAGGUUUUUCGUUAGAUGUUGACCCUGAAUUUCAGCUCUUUUGUACACCUGGUCUGUACUAAAUAAAGUAUGGGUACCUUUUACAUUCCAACCUUUUGCUAUCUGGUUUAAGUGGCCACUCGCUCCUGAAAAAUCGAAUCAAUUGGUCUGUCGAACAUUUUUUUAAAACUAAUACAAUCAAACCACGUUUAUAAGAGGUCCUUCGGACUUGGCAAAUUACUCUGUUAUGACAGGAACCUUGUAUUAUCAGGUAUAUCUAUACAAGAAAUGAGACGGGGGUAACCCCCUCCCCACAUGUCCAAUCGCUCUACACGCUACAUGUAUUAGACUUUUGUUACCUAUAACCAUGCUAUAACACACACCCCUAGAAAGAUGUCUGAAAAGAACUCUUGUAUUAACAGUACUCUUCUUGAGGUUCGACUAUAUAAUAAGACUUGAUAAGAUCCCUGUUAUUACAAGAAAAAAUUCAGGUCUCAAGUCUGUCUUCCAUUAACAUUGUUUUCCUUAUGAACGAGGUUCGACUGUAUGCAUGUACAUGUAUACAGUACACGCAUCGGUAAAAAAUUUCUCGGCGGAUCUGAGACUUCUCAAAUUUACAAAAUAUACAUGUAUAUUUUUUCCGGUUCUGAAUCUGGAAGGUCAAAGGAUCGGGAUCCAAGCACUAACUUAAAAAAAAACUUUCGCUUUAGUUUUCGAUUGC